UCAAGUUAGCUUGCAAACUUUGAAAACCGUUAGACAGCAUUUUUUUUUCACGUAACGGAAAGUGUAUGCCAGCUGUAGAACUCCAUGCCGCAGCACCUGAGAAUAAAUUUCGGGAUGUGGGAAGUCCAACUAAAACUGGCGAAAACCCUGGGUGGUGUUUUUUUUUAGAGAUAUCAUUCCCACAUACGCUAGCUAACGUCGCGUCUGACACCUUUAUGAAUGUGGAGCCCACUAUCACCACCGGUAGCUUCUGCUUCUCUGCUGGGACUGCUUGCCACCACUUCCCCGGACUGCUAAACCUCAGCGAAUCUGUUUAUAGCGUCACAAGAGUUAGAAAAUGCAAAUGUGCAAGUGCACAGUAGAAGAAAUGGCUGGAAUAACUUUAACUUUACAGCGUGAAGCUUGUAACCUUAGCGUUGCCUCGGGCGUCAAUUAAAUUGACUCAGCCUGCAUCAACACAUUCCCUGACUUUCCCUCUUAUUCAUUUAAGAACAUUUUAACGAAAAAAUAGAGGAGCCAUGUUUCACACCCAGACCUAGUUAGGGCAGCUGAUCUUUGGGAGAGACUGGAAGGAUCAUGGUCACGGUCUGGUGAUACAUCCCCUCAAGGUAGCGCAAGUGCACUGUUACGGUUACCUGAGGGUGAAGAGGAAGAUCGUGCCGUCGUUUCGUCCUGUCCAAGAUGGCAAACCUUGUGACAUCGCUGUGCUGUGUAGUUCUGGCCGCGGUGGUGGUGGCCUACGCUCAGAGACGCAGUCAGCUUGUUGCUAGGAGCCAGUAUGAGCGAAUGGGCAGUGACGUCACCAUGCAGUGCGGCUCCCUGGACAAUGACGCAUCAGUGUCAUGGAAGGUGAACGGGACGGAUGUGAAGGCCCAGCACCGUGUAGAGGGUCCCAGACUGAUUCUGACCCAAGUGGACCUGAGCCACAACGGACUCUACAGCUGCUUUCAGGACCCGCGCGGAGAGAGGCGUGACACCAUCACCCUCCACAUCGGCCUUUCCCCUCGGGAGCCCUCAGUCACCUGUCGAUCCAACACCUACCCUAAAGGCUUCUAUUGCAGCUGGCACCAGAUGCACCCGACAUACAUCCCCACUAACUUUGAAGUGGACGUACAACACAACCAGCGUUCACUGGAGGUGCAGAAAGAUCCGGACCACAAGAAUCGCUGUCGCGUACGUUUUCCCGAGGUCUUCUCCAGCUUUCCCUACAAAGUUAACGUGACAGCAGUGAACGCCUUGGGGAAAGCCUCUACCAACAUUAUUUUUGAGGAGUCAAAUAUAGUCAAACCAGACCCCCCGGAGCGUGUGACCGCGACCCCGAUCCGUUUCAACGCUCGGAGGCUGGAGGUGUCCUGGCACAGCCCUGCCACCUGGCCUGACAUCGACAACUUCCCGCUGAAAUACUUCCUUCGAUAUCGGCCGCUCAUCAGAGAGCAGUGGCAGCAUGUGGAGCUGUCUGACAGCACCUCCCACAUCAUCACGGAUGCCUAUGCUGGGAAGGAAUACAUCAUCCAGGUGGCUGCCAAGGACACAGAGAUUGGAACAUGGAGUGACUGGAGCGUUGCUGUCCACGCUACACCCUGGAUUGAAGAUCCUCUGCCGAUCACUUCCACAACUGAAGUUGACUUUCCUACCGAGACUAAGACCUCCCCCAUACCGUCCUCCAACGCACCACAAAAGGCUGAACCUCCAGUGGGCAGAGCUGCCAGGCUCCUCACAUUUUUCUCUCCUUUGCUGUUAGGAAUGCUGCUGCUGUUCAUGUGAUGUAUAUGUCUUAUUCGUGAAGAGAGCAGGAGGAAGACGAGGAGGAGGAGGAGGAGGAGGAGGAGGAGGAGCCUGGUCAUUUUUCUAUUUUGCACAUGUUUCAAGGAUACAGUGCAUUGAUCAUUUCUGUCCAUCACACAGUUACACACCAAGAUUACUUAGACGUGAAAUCAGACGAUGAUAAUGCGAUUCCGCAUUUUUAGAUUAAUGGCGCCAAAAGAUAUUUGUCAGGAGAACUUUUGAAAGCGGCAUCACCCUCAUCAACAGCAGCGGCAACAACCACAACAGCAGCAGUGAUAUCAGCAUAAACAGUCUUAUAUUACCCCCUGGUGGCUUUGACGGGCCACAGCAGACUUUCUUUGGCAGACAACACUUUGGUUUGGGAAUCUCAUCUUAAGAGCAAGAAAACCAACUCCUCGAACAACAAAAUCAAUCUCCUCAUUACCUUUGUGAUCUUGUUUUUAUUGAUCAAUUGAUUGUCUUGAUUUUCACUUUCUUCAGAUAUUGCAGCACUGUACAUACAAACACACACGCACACACACACAUAGAGCAUUUGUGUGUUUGCGUGUAUAGUUAGCGUAGCACUCCCCAUACAGCUAAAUCAUCAUGCCAAAGACUCGACUUCACCCCCAACAAGUGAUUCCCAAACAAUUCACUGAGCUUCCUGAAGCCUGUGUCUGCCUUCGUCGUGGGUUAAAAAUCCCAGAAAAGUUGUGUAUGUGUGUGUCAGUGUGUGUGUCAGCGCGCGCAUGUGUGUGUAUAACACCUGAUUGGUACCGACUCAAACGGUAUACAAAUGAAACUUUGGACAAAUCUGAGGAACCCUGCGGCUGCUGUUUGUGUAAACCUACCAUAUAACAAAGAAGUCACAAAAUCACCCAAUUAGACUCUGAAUCUGUCAACUCCAGCGACUGAGUCAAACUGACGGAGCGAGCCGUUUUACCAUAUGAGGACUAACACUUUGAAGAAUUCAGUAACGGUAGUCUGGCUUAUUUAGACAAUUAGCUUUACACUCUGCUUUCAGCGAACGGCAAGGACGACCUGGAUUGUAAAAAAAAAUUUUAAAAAUAAUAAUAAUAAAGUGGAUUUGAGACUGAACAAUUCUUUGUCCACCCAUUUGUUUUGGUUUUACUUUGUACUGACGACGACAGAGUUGGUUAUUGAAGCAUUGGUACGAUUGUUGGUUUUCCAUUCUGCUCUGUGCUGUAAAAUACAAACAAAACACAAAACUGUUUGCUUUCUGACGCCUUUAAAAACCAUACAAAAAAAUGUCUUUUUGCAGUUUACAUUUCAAUAGCCAAUAUCACCAGUUAAUAUUAUGUUAUUCAAAGGAAUAUUGAUGUGUUUUAUUGUAUUUUUUUAUUUUAUGGACAAAUAAUAAAAACACAUAGAGGAUUUUAGUUGGGGUUUUUUUCUUCCAGACAUUCAUAAUGGCUUAAUUCUCCUUGAUCCUAUUUUGUAAACUAUGAUAUGUAACUUUAACAUUGAACAAAAAGUUUAUUAUUUAAUAAUAAUGUAUGUAUUAGCAGUAGAAUGUCGUAACCUGUACCUGGGGUCUUUUUUAUAGAUGUAUAUACAAUGACAGGUUUCAACCAUUAAAUGUGACCAUUUCACAAUGAA